UCUCCACAGGAAAAGACAUUGGCAUUGCGCUGAAGUCAGAUCCCGAUUAUUGUCCAGUCCUCCCACGAUUACACGAGAAGUGGUGCAAAAAUAAUGAACUUAUUCUGCGCUGCAAAUGCACGUGCGCCCACACCAAACUAACAUCUGGAUUUCCCAAUGUGUGCGGAAUCGUUUGCGGAGAAAGGAUAGAAAGCAACCAAGCCACCCAGCCAACUGAUGCUCCUACACGUCUGAAAAAAUGUUCGACCUUGAAAAGAACACCGCCUCUUCGCCUGAUCCUCCACCAGUGAAAACAUACCGGUGUGUCGCCUGCUCAGCAACCUUUCACGGUCUGGCAUCCUUACUGGUGCAUCAAGCAAGCCAUGCCACUGACUUUUCCAGUCCAGUGCCACCCUCCCCACCGACAUGCUCCAGGUGUGGAACAGUAUUUGCAAACCGAGAUCUCUUGAACCAGCAUGUUUGUGCGGCCUCUCUGCCAUCCACUGCACCUGAUUCUUCCACGGGUGGAGACGGUGGUAGUGGUGGAGAGGACGGUAAGGACAUCAGUGCGUCUGUGGAGAGCAAACUCUCUCCCCACAAUCAAGAAUCAGACAAAAGCCAUCCCAAGACAGAGCAACCAGGUGCCAGUCCAACGGACUUUAACGCUCCAUUGUCACCUAAGCCUUCAACCAGUCACCCCGUCCCCUCACAUUCUUCUUCGUCCAGUGCUGCUGCCGACAUGACCUCUGACCCUGUAACAAUGGAAGAGCCUCAUCAGGACGGCUCCGACAAUCCGCCACAGCAGUCACAUGUGCACAUCCAUCCACAGGACCAGUCCACUGCACAGUCCAGCAGCUUGUCAGCGAGUCAGGUUAAGACUCAACCACAGGUUACCUGUGCAAAAUGCUUCAUGACUUUUGAUUCACACAGCAAACUACUUAAUCACAUGAGUUGCCACGGCACGCCGUCCGCACCCAAGAUGCACAUGUGCCCACACUGUGGAAUCUCUUUCCUGUCAAUUUACAGUCUUGAGCUGCAUAGCAACAAGUGCAAACCACCUGUUAGUUUUCAGUCCAACUCUGUGCAGGCAACACCCAACUGCACCGAUUCAGUGUCUAAAAUCAAUGCUAGUGAAGACAUUGACUUACAAAGCGACAUUUCCAAAUCGAAUUCCAUGGCAUCUGAAGCGCAACAGCCAACAUCAGACUCUGCAGAGCUUGAUCUGCCAUUGAGUGAUACAAAUAUGCAGAAUUCCUUAUCAGGUUCUAUAACUGAGGAAUCUCCAGACAUCUCAAAGAAUUCUGACAAUCCCAGUGAGGAUGCUGAGGUCAAGCAGACCAGUAAGAGCAUUCAAGAUAAACCAGACCGUAAGAAAAUGCUAAUGAAAAUAUUGGCAAAUGCAUACAUGAAUGUCAAGCAACCACAUGACCUCAAGCUCAAACAAGACAGUGCUUGUGAAGAUGAACCUGCUGAGUCAGAUGAGCCAACCUCCCCCAAAAGACUUUUAAGGCCCGCAGCAAGAAAGUCCUAUGACACAACCUUCCCACUCGGCUUCCUUUUUCACGGCAGGACUCCACCCAAGAAACCCGUUGGACUCAUGACAAAGCGAUAUUGUCCGGUGGUGCUUUUAGAGACCCGGCAGAAGUUUGGCAGGAGUGUUAAAGACGCUCAAGGAAACUACCAGUGUGGGCAAUGCAAACGCCUCUUCAGUGACCUGGACAAGCUAGUGCUGCACCAUGCUAUGCACAGAAAAGACAGACUGAAACGCUGCCACCGCUGCAAACAGUUUACUGUGAGCAAGUCUGGCCUAGAGGUUCCUCAUGUCUGUUCGAGAGCGUCAGCUUCUCCUGCUCGUGGCCACAUUAGCAAUGGAAAAACACUGGCCGGCUCUCACAAGUCAUCUUCCAAAUUGGCAAAGAAUAAUCCAUUUCAAUGUCCUCUGUGUAAGAACAGCUACACACGAUUAUACUCACUCAAAAAGCACAAGUGUCUGGGGAAGCCAUCUUCAAAGCAUUCACAUGCUGCGAUGAAUGUUGGCCCAGAGGUGGAAAUCAAUGGAAGUGAAGGGAACUCCAGUGACUAUGUCAGUGUUGGUGUCGGCACACACCCCCCAACCUGGUUGAAGAAGGAGGUGCCAACUCCACUGUCAGUAGCAGCUGCAGACAAACAUCAAACUAAAGUGAGCAAUGAUGAUGGUCCCUCUGUGUCUGGAAACGAGGCCUGUUCCCCCUCAGAGCCAAUUAUUUCAGACACCCGAGCAUCGACACCAUCCAAUACAAGUGAAGCGGCUGUAGAAGACGACCUGGAUUUUGAUAUGCAGACUGACACAAUUCAGCAAGUUGAUCCAGCAGCUGAACUGGCAGUUGAUUAUGGACUACGCGUGAAACAAGAACAGGAAGAAGUAAGGGGAAUAAUGUCUCCUGUGGAGGAUGAAGCUGAAAUUGAUGUUUUAUUAGAAGCCGAUGAAGAUGACUAUGAUCACAAUGAUGGAUUAGAUCAGUCCACAAAGGAAGGCGUAGCAGUGUCAAAAACGCAACAAGAUGCCGGCCCAAUUGAUCUUUCCGAUGACCAGGGCAAGCGUUUCACCUGUGGCCACUGUCACAAGGCGUUUACUCGCAACUAUGGCCUGAAGAAACACGCCAAGAUUUGUGGCUUUGGAAGAAUAGCACAACCCCGUCUUAAGAAUUUGAUGGCGCAUAAAAUGUUUGGAUCUCAAAAAGGGUUUGACUGUGCACAAUGCGGUAAGACGUUUAAUGACAUUGAGAGCUUCGCGGUUCACAAGGCAACCUGUCUGAGUGGUAUGAUAUUGCAAAACAAGCUCACUGAGCCACCGGUCACAGCUAGCCAAGAGAGUGUUUUUGUCCUGCCGCCUCGCUCCAACACUCAGACCAGUAGACCUGAACCUGCACCUGAGGACGACAGUAGUUGGGGUAUCAUGUCACUGCCUUCUGUUCUCCCAAGAAGAGUGACUUGUGAGUGUGGAGCAGGGUUCACCUGCCCCAGACGUCUUUUUGAGCACUUGCAAAUGCACGCUCGGGAGUCUUACAUUUGUCCUCAUUGUGGUGAAAACCUGCAGUCAUGGAUGAGGUAUGAGGCUCAUCUCCGAACACAUGCUCAAGUCCCCCGUCCACCAGCAACAGAGGAAUCUUUUCAACUGUACCAACCGAUGUACCAGCAGCAACCGCAGCCAUAUUUGCCACGCCCACCAAAGCACCAGUUCAAUACACAGCUGAGCAGCCAGCGGUUAGCUGGUCAAAUUCUGAACCAGUCACCACACACCUGUCCUAAGUGCUUCAGAACUUUUAAGACACGCCGCUAUCUUCUUAAACACGUGAGGCGGAGUUGCCCUGCUGCACGGACUGAGCCCAAAAUGUACACGUGUUCUCAGUGUGGAAUGUCUUUCCUGUCAACUUACACCCUCGAGCUGCACAUGAAGAGCAAUACGUGCACACCCUCUCUCAAACCCAUGCGCUGUCCCGUGUGUGUCCUUUCUUUUACCUCGGUGGAGGGACUCAAGCAGCACCUCGUCACACACAGCCAGCAGGGUGGCUUCAGCUGCCGCUUGUGCCCACAGACUUUUGCAAGUGAAAAGGAGCUUGAGAGCCACAACAAGACAGCGCAUGUUGCCCCACAGGAAGAACGUGAGCUGCAAAAGGAGGACAAUUCACAAGUCAAUCCGUUUAAGUUUUUCCGCUGUAACAUGUGCCCUCGAGUUUACCACAGCAUGAAGUCGCUCAAAGACCACCGGAGGAAAGUCCACACUUUACUUGGGGGAAGCCUCGCUGCACCUUCCCCUGAGGUCCGGGUAGUGUCGCAGAACAACCCAGUCAGUUACUUCCGUUGUCAGCUCUGCCCAAGGGCCUACCAUUCCCUGCAGUCCCUGAAAAACCACAAAAAGAGAGUGCACCAGCUACUUGAGAGCGGCCAAGUGCCACAAGGAGUGGAUUCUUUAGGCGCGUUGCCGAACAGUGCGUCCAACAUCUUCCGCUGCGAGAUUUGCCAGCGUGCUUAUCCUACUGUGAAGGCGUGGCGCAACCAUAGGCGAAGGGUCCAUCGCAUUCUUGGAGGCCCAGAGAUGCCAACAGGGGAAUCUUUGAGGAACGUGCCCAAGCAGGCACAGCCAGGCGUUACCUGUAAGACCUGCCGGAAAACGUACCCCUCUUUGGGCAGCCUGAAAGAGCACCGCAGGACUGCCCAUCGCUCUCUGGCUGGGUUGCUGGAGCCUCAGAUGGGUGACUCAGCAGAUGGAAUGCAGAACAGCCAUGCCAUGGUGUACCAGUGCCAGAUCUGCCAUCGAAGCUAUGGCAAGUUGCAGUCCCUGAAAGACCACAGACGUAAGGUUCAUCGUAUACCAGGGGGGCGGUUGGAUGUGAUUAAGAUAGAGUAGGAGGUGGAGGGAUAUUCAAGACUGUCGCAUCAGAGCAGUGACGUCUACCUGAUCUUUUAGCAGGUGUUUCUGCAAUUUGCCUGUUUUCUUCAUAUACUUCCUUAAUGUUUCCAAGGGGCCCAAAGUUGAAGAGCACUAAAAGUAAGAUAGUUAAACUAUGAGGCCAGUUCUACCCCGAAGUUACAGACUAAUCACCCUUCUAUGUCAACAUGAUAUACGAUAUGAUGUUCAACUCAAGUCAGCAUAGCUUUGGUAAAAUCAUUGUUCCUUAAUCAUAAUCUUGUACCUAAGCAAUUAACAUUUAAAUGAAUAAUUGGUUUCAGCUUUUUUUUAGGUCGUGACAGACUUGUACAAAUGCAGAAUAAGACAUGGUUUAAAUAGUGAUUAUGGUAUUUAGGCUUUGUGUAUUAAGCUAGUGUUUUUUAAUUAUUCAGAAAGUUGUAUUUGCAUACCUGUAGUUAUUGCCUGUAAAUUUAAGCAGUUUUAGCCUUAUCGUGUGCCAAUGCAUUUACUGUUAAGACAUGCAUAUCUGUUGUGUUCAGGAGAUGGUCUGUGUAAAUGAAAAAUUAACCUUUUUAUAUUUGUACCCAGAUAUCAGUUGACCUUUUUUGAUCUUUUUUUUAUAUUCAACCUUUCAUGUACCAUAUGAAAAAAAAUAAAUUGCAUCAGACCUACA